CCUAUGAAGAAUUUAAGAAUCAAGAAACAAAACCGGUGGCCUGUCAAAACCAUUCGCCUUAUCGGGAGCUGCCCGUUUGUUGUUUCUUCACGUGCCUUCGCCGAUCUCGAGUCGUGGCUUGCAGGCAGGAGUACUUUGACAUUCUGCUGUUCAUUUCCACUUUUAAACCUCCUUUGUCUUAAAUAUUCCAAGAAUCUUACCAUCGAGAAACUGUUUUUGGAGCUGUAGUUUUGUAUUGAUGACUGCCUAGGAGCAAAUUAACAUGGAGAGAUGAAGAAGGGAAAAAAAGUUGAUGAUGUUCAGUAAAGAACAAGAGGACCAUAUCCAAAGUUGACUUGAAGGCCUUCGUCUUGAAGCAAACAAAUCACAAAGACCGAAAACUGCCCUGUUUACUGUUCUGGUUCUUCUUGCCCUUCUUCACAUGCUUUCAUUGAUCUCUAAUCAUGUCUCCAGGCAAGAAAAAUCUCUCUCUCUCCAGCUCAUUUCUUCAACUUCUCCUUCCCUUCCUGUUGACUUCCUCCUUCCUCUGUCCAAUCGAUGCCCAACCUUUCGAUUACCCAACUGCAAGCCUCUCCACAACAUGGAAGAACAGUGCCACUGCCAAUCACUCCGUGGAAUUCACGGACGGAUCCACUGUCAGGGCAGUCCUCCUCAGGGGAACCUUCGGGCCGAAAUACGCCUGCGGGUUCUACUGCAAUGGAGCCUGCGAUACUUACCUCUUUGCCAUCUUCAUUGUCCAGACAAACAGCGUCUCUUACAUCGUUGGACCGAAUUACGGGUUCCCGCAGGUGGUUUGGUCUGCUAAUAGAGAUUUCCCAGUUAAGGUCAACUCGACAUUGGAGCUCACAUCAAGCGGAGAUUUGGUUCUGAAGGAUGCUGACGGGACUGUAGCUUGGUCCACCGACACUUCAGAUAAAUCUGUUGCUGGCUUGAACUUAACAGAAGCGGGCAAUCUUGUGCUGUUUGAUGAAAACAAUGCCACGGUUUGGCAGUCAUUUGAUCAUCCAACAGACUCAUUGGUGCCCGGACAAAGACUAUUAAUAGGCCAGAAACUGACUCCCAAUGUUUCCUCCACGAACUGGACUGAAUUUGGUAUGCUUUCAUUUGGCUUUACUGCAUCAGGCUUGUAUGGUCUCGUAGGGACUAACCCCCCUGAGGUCUAUUACCAAUUUGAUUACAUUCAGGUGACUAGCCAUGACAUGGGUUAUGCUGAAUACAUGAAUGGAAGCUUAGCAUUAUUCGUGAAUUCUGAACUGAACAAAACUAUGAUUGAGAUUCCCUCUGCAAUGUCUGCCCAGUACAUGAGGCUUGGUUCUGAUGGGCACUUGAGAGUUUACGAGUGGAGCCAAAAUUCAGGUACAUGGGAACAAGUAGCUGAUCUUUUAACCGGGUAUCUAGGGGAUUGUGCUUAUCCUACAGCUUGUGGGAAUUACAGCAUUUGCUCAAAUGGGCAGUGCUCUUGUCCUGUCACAAGUAAUGGCAUGUAUUUCCAGCAAAUUAAUAGCAGGCGGCCGAAUCUUGGGUGCUCUGAAAUCACUCCAUUGUCCUGUUCGGAUUCUCAAUAUCAUAGUUUAAUUGAGCUCCAAGAUGUUAACUACUUCACCUUCAAUUCGGAUCUUGAAAGCACUGACCCAGAAAGUUGUAAACAAGCCUGUGAAAAGAAUUGUUGGUGCAAAGCUGCUAUUUUUCGUUACAGGUCAAACUCCUCUGCUGGUUCUUGCUACUUACUAUCCAAAGUGUUCUCACUGAUGAACAAUGAUCUGGAGAAGACGCAUUUUAACUCCACCGCUUACAUUAAAGUUCAGAACGUGCCUCCCGCACCUAGUCCAACUAGAAAGAAAAGCCAGCUUCCUGUUAUAAUAGGGUCGAGCCUCGGUGCCUUAUUUGUUGUGGUUCUUUUGGUUGGAGUCGUGAUUUGGAAGACAAGAAGAGUUGAUGAUGAGGAGGAGAUUUAUCUAGAUCAAGUACCUGGGAUGCCCACUCGGUUCUCAUAUGAGAUAUUACAAGCCACGACUGAGAAUUUCAGCAAGAAACUUGGUGCAGGUGGUUUUGGCUCUGUAUUUGAAGGUACCUUGAUUGAUGGCACGAAAAUUGCGGUGAAACAACUGGAAGGUUUGGGCCAGAUCAAGAAGUCAUUUCUAGCCGAAGUCGAGACCAUUGGGAGCAUCCACCAUGUCAACUUGGUGAGAUUACUUGGAUUUUGUGCCGAAAAAAUGCACAGGCUUCUUGUUUACGAGUUUAUGGCUAAUGGAUCUCUGGAUAGAUGGAUCUACCAGAAGAACAGUGAGCUCGUGCUUGAAUGGCAGCAGAGGAAGAAGAUAAUCCUAGACAUAGCAAAGGGACUAAACUAUCUCCAUGAAGAUUGCAGGCAGAAGAUCAUCCAUCUCGACAUUAAGCCCCAGAAUAUCCUUCUCGAUGAGAAUUUCAAUGCAAAAGUUUCCGACUUUGGACUGUCAAAGCUGAUUGAUAGGGACCAGAGCCAAGUCAUGACGACCAUGAGGGGAACUCCUGGCUAUUUAGCACCGGAGUGGUUAUUAAGUUCUGCGAUCACAGAAAAAGUGGAUGUUUACAGCUUCGGGGUUGUGAUAUUGGAAAUAGUAUGUGGAAGGAAAGUUUUUGAUAGCUCCUUGAACGAGGAAGAUAUGCCAUUACUGAAUCUUUUCAAGAGAAAAGCAGAAGAAGAGCGACUUCUCGAUAUAGUCGACAAGUGCAGCGAGGACAUGCAAUUUCAUGGACCUGAUGCAGUCAACAUGAUGAGGGUCGCUGCUUGGUGUCUGCAAGCUGACUUCGCGAAGAGACCAUCCAUGUCAACAGUCGUAAAGGUGUUAGAGGGGGUUAUGGAUGUGAAAGUUGACCUUGACUAUAACUUCUUCAAUCUGUCAAGGGCGAAAGCACCUGUUGAAGUUGGUCAAAGGGAGAGUGAGUUUCGUGCCACAACUCCAUUGUUACCAUCAGUUCUUUCCGGGCCCCGAUGAGACUUCGGGAUACUGUUAAUAAAUUAUAUGCUUCGAGUAGAAGUCUUUUAAUAAAGCUUACUUUUUAUCACAUUCUGCAGAACAUUUUCUGCAACCAUAAGGCUUUUGUUUUGAAACAGUCUUCUUUUCCUUUUCUAUCGAUCAUUUCCUUACAUUUUCUUGUA